GUUUUGGGGCCCAGCCCGGCAGGAACCCCCCCCCCUCCGACCUCUGCAGCAGGACCCAAAGGAGGAACUGUUGACUCUCUAAAGAGAUGAAAGUGUUCAGAUCAUGGAGGCAGAAAGAGGCUCGCCCAGGAGACUGCGCUGCAUCGGCCGGCGGCUCUACGACGAGAACGAGGACCUGUCCGACGUGGAGGAGAUCGUCAGCGUGCGCGGCUUCAACCUGGACGAGAAGCUGAGGAGCCGUAGCUACCGCGGGGACUUCGUGCGGCCCAUGGACGGCCAAGAUUUCACUUUUGAAUACGUGCAGCAGGAAGCGCUAAAAGUGCCUCUCAUCUUCCGAAGUAAGACUGGACUGGGAAUUAAGAUGCCCGACCCCAACUUCACUGCCCAAGACGCUAAGAUGCUCGUGGGGAGCCGCCGAAUUGUGGACGUGGUGGAUGUGAACACCCAAAAAGGUGUUGAAAUGAGCAUGGCUCAAUUUGUGCGUUAUUAUGAAACCCCCGAGGCAGAGCGUGAGAAGCUGUACAACAUGAUCAGCCUGGAAUUCAGCCACACCAAACUAGCCAACAUUGUCAAGCGUCCAAAUGUCGUGGAUUUGGUUGACUGGGUGGACAACAUGUGGCCGCGGCAUUUAAAGGAAAGACAGACCGAGUCCACAAAUGCCAUUUCGGAGAUGAAAUAUCCCAAAGUGAAAAAGUACUGUUUGAUGAGCGUGAAAGGAUGCUUCACCGAUUUCCACAUUGAUUUCGGAGGUACUUCGGUGUGGUAUCACGUUUUCCGGGGAGGAAAGAUCUUUUGGCUGAUUCCUCCAACGUUGCAGAACCUAGAACUUUACGAGGAGUGGGUUGUCUCUGGGAAGCAGAGUGAUAUUUUUCUGGGGGACCGCGUGGAGCUGUGCCAAAGAAUCGAACUGAAACAAGGGCACACUUUCUUCAUUCCUUCAGGGUGGAUCCAUGCCGUUUACACCCCAGUGGAUUCCUUGGUGUUUGGUGGAAAUAUCUUGCAUAGCUUUAAUGUUCCCAUGCAGCUUCGCAUUUAUGAAAUUGAGGACAGAACAAGGGUCCAAGCCAAGUUCCGCUACCCGUUUUACUAUGAGAUGUGUUGGUAUGUUUUGGAGAGAUACGUGUUCUGUCUAACCCAGCGCUCUCAUUUCAACAGGGAGUAUCUACAAGAAUCAAUGUUAAUUGAUACCUCGAGGAAACGUAGCUUGGAUAGCUUCUCGUCCGAUUCCUGGGGAGACAUGGAUGAGGACUCGUGCGAUGUUCGUGCUCAGGAAGACAAGGAUAACAAUCCCGAAAAAGUCCCCAAGAUCUCGUCCGACCUCCCCUCUUCUCCUAACAGCACACACUCGGAGGGGAAAGAAACGUUGGGGAAGAAGCCAAAAUCUCGCUUCUUCAAAAGGACUCUCUCCAACGAGUCGGAGGAAAGUAUAAAAUCAGCCACGGUGGACUAUUCCAAAACUCCCAUCGGCUCUCCUGCCCCCGAGGUCCCCGCCAAAUGGACUCACUUGACCGAAUUCGAGCUGAAAGGUUUGAAGGCCCUGGUGGAAAAACUGGAAUCUCUUCCGGAGAACAAGAAAUGCGUCCCCGAAGGCAUUGAAGACCCUCAAGCUCUCCUGGAAGAUAUGAAGAACAUCCUGAAGGAACAUGCAGAGGAUGACCAGAAUCUGGCCAUAACUGGGAUUCCCGUGGUAUCCUGGCCUAAGAAAAACGCAAAGAACCGGACAGUUGGGCGUCCAAAGGGGAAACUGGGCCCUUCCUCAGCUGUGAAGCUUGCAGCGAACCGGACGACUGCAGGCGCGCGUCGGAGAAGGACGCGAUGUCGCAAGUGCGAGGCCUGCUUGCGGACAGAGUGCGGCGAAUGUCAUUUCUGCAAGGACAUGAAGAAGUUUGGGGGGCCUGGCCGCAUGAAACAGUCCUGCAUUAUGAGGCAGUGCAUCGCGCCGGUGCUGCCCCACACUGCCGUGUGCUUGGUGUGUGGAGAAGCAGGGAAGGAAGACACGGUGGAGGAAGAAGAGAGCAAAUUUAAUCUGAUGCUUAUGGAGUGCUCCAUCUGCAACGAAAUCAUCCACCCCGGGUGCCUUAAGGUGCGGGAAUCAGACGGCGUGGUGAACGAGGAGCUUCCGAAUUGUUGGGAAUGUCCCAAGUGCAACCAUGCUGGAAAAACGGGGAAAGCGUACAAGCAAAAGCGGGGCCCCGGGUUCAAAUACGCUUCCAACCUGCCGGGCUCUUUGCUGAAAGAGCAGAAGAUCAACCGAGAGAACAAGGAAGUCGUCCCCGAGAUCCCCAAGCGGAAAGUCGAGUGCGAGGAAUCGCCCCGCAAGAAAUCCGACGAGCGCCCCCCGAAGCCCCCCCUGGAUCCUCUCUUGAGGAGGAAGUCCUCGGAGGAAGCCCACCUGCGCCGCAAGCGGAAAUUCGAGAAACCCCAAGAGCCGGCCAUGAGGAAACGGCUAAAACUGGGGAAAGAAGAGAAGCUGUUCAGGAAAAAGAGGCGCUCCUGGAAGACCCCAGAUGACCGGGUGGCUGCCCUCAAACCCCUGCGGCGCUUCAAGCAAGAAGGUGGGGAGGUCUUUCCAGAGGAACCUCCGAAAACCAAGGAGAGCGACCAGUCGCGUUCGAGCUCGCCCACCGCGGGGCCGAGUUCAGAAGGCGCCGAAUCCCGGGAGAAGAAAAAAUUCAAGAUCCGCCGGAAAACCCGCCUGCCCAACAAAGAACUGAGCAAGGAACUGAGCAAGGAGCUCAACCAGGAGAUCCAGAAGACCGAGAACAGCCUGGCCAACGAGGACCACCAACCCAUCAAAUCGGAGCCGGAGAGCGAGAACGAGGAGGCCAAGCAUCACCUCGGCCCGGAGCAGCCGCACCCGCUCACCAAGGGCUUCAACGGGACGCCGCGGGAACUCCGCCACCAGCUCCUCUCCAGCCUCCGCAGCAGCAGCACCACCCCCACCCCCAGGACCAUUGCCCGGCCCCCUCCUUCCCUCUCGCCCCCCAAGUGCAUGCAGAUGGAGCGCCACGUGGUACGGCCGCCCCCCAUCAGUCCCCCGCCUGACUCGCUCCUGCUGGACGAUGGAGCGGCCCACGUAAUGCAGAGGGAGGUGUGGAUGGCCGUCUUCCGCUGCCUACGACCCAGGGAACUCUGCCUCUGCAUGAGGGUGUGCCGGACCUGGAAUCGGUGGUGCUGCGAUAAAAGGCUGUGGACCAAGAUAGACCUCAAACAUUGCAAAUCCAUCACUCCCCUGAUGCUGAGCGGCAUCAUCAGAAGACAGCCGGUCACGCUAGAUCUGAGCUGUACAAAUAUCUCGAAAAAGCAGCUGAGCUGGCUUAUUACCCGGCUUCCAGGUCUCCGGGAUCUGCUUUUGGCUGGAUGCUCGUGGAUUGCCGUGUCCGCACUCUGCAGCUCCAGUUGUCCCCUCCUUCGAACACUGGACAGCCAGUGGGUGGAAGGCCUGAAGGAUGCCCAGAUGCGAGACCUUCUGUCACCGCCAACUGACAACCGUCCAGGCCAGAUCGACAACCGAAGCAAGCUACGGAACAUCACCGAUCUCCGCCUGUCCGGCCUGGACAUCACAGAUGAUUCUCUGCGUCUGAUUAUCCGGCACAUGCCUCUCCUGUCCAAGCUUAAUCUCAGCUACUGUAAUCACGUGACGGACAAGUCCAUCAACUUGUUAACGGCGGUGGGGACCACCACGCGGGAUUCCCUAACCGAGGUUAUUUUGAAAGACUGCAACAAGGUGACGGAUCAGUGCCUGUCGUACUUCAAGCGCUGUGGGAGCAUCUGCCACAUCGACCUCCGUUACUGCAAGCAGGUCAGCAGGGAAGGCUGCGAGCAAUUCAUCGCCGAGAUGUCGGUCAGCGUCCAGUUUAGCCAAACGGAAGAGAAAUUGCUGAAGAAGCUGAGUUAGUAUUUGCAAGGACAGAGUUGUAAAUAGAGGCGAAGGAAGCAGAGGGAGUGGGGGGUGGGAGAGAAAAGGACUGAAGGAAGAGGCUUUUUUUUCCCCGCCGGACACGCAGCGGCGAUGUCGAGAGAACGGACCGGACCGCGUGGGAACGUACAGCAGCCAGGUUGGCAAUUUGGUGCUCUGGCGGGGGGGCCGUUCACUUCCUGGGAUUUUCGGGAAACGGAGACGCCAACUCAGAACUGCCGCCAGAGCGCACGGACCGAGACUUUUGGCGGGCCUCCGAAGCGAAACGUUCGUUCUGCCCCGCUGAAGGUGGGCCCCUCCCCUGCGUUUUUUCUGCCUAGGGGACUGUGGUUGGGUUUUUUUUUGGUUUUUCCCUGUUACAUCUUGACCUUAUGCAAAACUAUUUUUGUACAAAUCCCUUUUAAAAAAGUUUAUUUAUGCAAACGUUCUAAAAAUGCAUCUACGGCGUUUUGACUUGGGUUUCGCGUUGCCAAAUGUUUCCGAAGUUGGAGGGGGGGGAGCGGGGAAGGGGAGCAGUCUUCGGAAGAGACACCACGGAUCGGAUGGAUAUUUCCCCACUUUUGAAGGGGCGGAGGGGAAAAAUCGGGGAAUACUUUUUAUGAAAAGGGGAGGGGGGGGAAAUAGCAUGUUUUGUAUACCGCUUUGUAUACUCGAGCAACACAGUAAGGUAUGUGGUGCAAAAAGAAAAAAAAGGUGUACAGAUGAAGGAUGAAAGUGGACAUUAAAUUCUCCCCCCCAUAUAAAGCCCACCUUUUCCUUAAUUUUGACAGCUUUUCAGUUAAGCCAAUCUCCUGGAGGGAAAGUAUUAAGCUAUUGGGGCUUUCGAAGUUGAGGAGUUUUUGGGUUUUUUAAAAGAAUGAGUUGUUAUUUAACUUGGUUAACUAUUUUUUUUAAAAAAAGGGGUGGGUGGGAAUUCAGUAUACAGUACAUUAAGUGCCAUUGUUGUGAAAGUGCUGUCUCUCCGGUUGAUUUCCUUCCUUCCUUUCAUGCAGUUUUUACCUCUAUUCAAAUUUGUAUAAAUGAUUGUGCAAAAAACAGAGGCUAGCUUGUAUUAUACAUGUUGAACCUUUGUAAGAUUUCCUGAAAAAGCCCCCCUGGCUUCAACAUCCCCCCCCUCCCCCCCGAAGUUGUUUCCCAAGAGCAAACUUGGGACGGUAAAGAGAUUCCGCGUUCAGUUGUUCUCCGUUAAACGGCAUUUGUGAGCCAGGCGAAUCCAGUUGCUUUGUCCCUUGAGGGGAGAAAAGUAAAAACUUUUUAAUAGAACAUUAA